UUUUUCUUCUUGAAGGAGUGAAUACUCCUGCUAUUCAGAGCUAGCCAGCUAUGAGACAGGCCGACCUGAACGCAUCCAGCUAGAUGAAUGAAGCAGUGAGAGGUGAAAAGUUCAAACAAAAAUAAUUGGAUCAAAACAGAGCAAAAGUUCAUACAAUGGAAACAUUGAUUUUGCCAAUAUAAUUCCCUUUAGGUCAUACAUUACUCUGACCUAUUUCAGAAACAAAAUUACUAUUUACAAAGCAUUGUUAAAACAUCCAUACUGCUACACCAGAAGGUUUAAAACAAUGCUUCAUCAAUCACAAUUGGAAAAUGCUGUUAGCACUAUCCAUUUCUGUCUGUGUUUGGGAGUGGGCGUGGCAUUCAGAUCAGGUGAGGGGAAACAUUCGAACCACAGCAGGGAGAAUACGAUGGUGAUGGAACCGCACAGCCCAAUGAGCAGGACCGCCCACAUUGGACAUUCCGGUGCGACGCCAGGGGUUCCAAGUCAAAGUUGGAAGAUGAAAAGCGGGCUUGUUGGGCAGCAAUCGGGUCCGUUAGGUCUUUCGACAAGGAGGUCGCCGGAAAACGGGUGACUAGAUGAGCUGGAUUGUCAGGAGAUGUAGGGAGCUUCCACCACAAAUGGGUGUAUGCGUGUUGCUUGGCUCUUCUGUCUGUCUAUUGAUGUGUUCGUCUCUGACCUAAGAAGCAGAGGUUACUACCACGUUUUUCCGGUGUGUGUGUGUGUGUGUGUGUGUGUGUGUGUGUGUGUGUGUGUGUGAGUUAACAAUGAAGCUAACAGUGUUCUUUGGUUGUUGUUUCAAUGGUGGUCGUCGCAGAUGUGGCCGUGGGACGGGUCACUGCACUCCAAGCAGGGGUGUGCCAUCUGCGGAGGGAGUAGCUUGCAGUGGGUGGCGUGGAACCAGGUGGCAUGUUUAGCAACUUUGACAGCUGUGUGGGUGGUCAGUUGUACCUGGAAGGGGCUCAUCCACCGCUGAUGUUGCCAAUUCUUUCUGCAGGUGUUUUUUACCAGCACUUUGUCGCCAGGCUGGAUGUUGUGAAGAAGAUGCCUGCUCCGACAGAUUGGCUGGAAGAGCGUUAGAAAAAAGAACACAGUGGUCUUUGACUACACCACAAGGGCCCGUGUCGGGUUUGCGUGAAGCAGAGCCGUCAACAUAGAACACAAGGUCUGGGUGUUCAAGUAGAACAUCAGAAAGAGCAGAGCGAUGGGUGCAAACCUCUUGCAGGGCGGCGACACGAGUGUGGCUCACUAUCUUUCUGCAGCGACAUGAGGGUGGCCGGUUCAAGGUGUUGCAACUCUUCACCGUGAUGUCAGGCAGCCCAAGAAGGGUGGUGUGAUACUUAGCCACCGCGCAUUAGUCAUGUGGGACAUUGGCUGAUCAUGCAAGAUAGAGGAUAAUGGGAGCUGAGGAAUGAUUGCACUAUUAACAGCCUGCAGGUCUUGUACAAGGGCUGCACGGUGGCUGAGUGGUUAGCAUGUUUGCCACACAUUCAGGAGAUUGGGAAGACCUAGGUUCGAAUCUCUGUGUGGAGUUUGCAUGUUCUCCCCGUGCGUGGGUUUUCUCUGGGUUGAUGGGUUCCAAAAACAUGCAUGUUAGGUUAAUUGGCGACUGUAAAUUGUCCAUAGAUAUGAAUGUGAGUGUGUAUGAUCGUCUAUGCAAUAUGUGCCCUGCGAUUGGCUGGCGACCAGUCCAGGGUGUGCCUUGCCUCUCGCCCGAAGUCAGCUGGGAUAGGUUCGAGCAUACCCCCGCAACCGUAAUUAGGACAAGUGGCAUGGUAUGCCAGUAUGACUGAUUGCCGACAGUGGAGCCUGCAGGUGAGAACAAGUCUAAAACAGUUGCCAUGGCUUGAAUAAAAGAGUCCAGAAUCAUGAUCGGUUGCCAGUCUGUCAACUUGUCACAGUCAUAAACAAAACAACCCAAACCUUUCCAGUGCAAGGCUUAGCGAGGGAAAUGUGUGGGGUAGAAUAAUCAAUCAUGAAAAUACUUCCAUUGUGAUGAUGUCAACAGCUGCAUGUGUGUGAUCAAAAUGCACGUGACUUUCAUUGAUGUCGGCAAAAACACUGUGUACAGAACAGUGCAGACGAUCCUCAGACAUGAAGGUCAUGCCCUCAGGUACCAGAGGGGUGACAGCGUUGAGCAACUGGAGACCAAGUGCGCAUGAAGUCAUGCUCCAGUUGUACACGUACAACGGAGGGGUCGUGGCAAAGGUCAGCAUGUAUGUCAGGCGUGCACGAGUAAUCACAAUACCAUCAAGGGUACAACUUAAAAUCAUGCCCAAACUUAGCAGUCAAAUCUUUCCCUAACAAAUUUACCGGGCAAACAGAUGACAAAACAAAUUUGUCUUUCAGGUCCGUGGUUGUCCCUUCACAAGUCCAGCUGCAAACAGCUGACUUUGAAAAGGGUUUGCUCACCAAGCCACCAUUAGCACACUGUGAGGUACAUGAGUGAUCACUUUUGGGCAGAAGUACUUCAGAGGCCUUUAUAACAGAAUUAGUGGCGCCACAAUCUACAAGAAAUUAACUUCUUUACCAUUAAUAAUAAGAGUUGUGUUGGAAUCAAGGUAGGCAGUAUUCUGCAACAAUGUGUAAGGAUUAUUGUUGUUGGUGUAUGAGUCAGUGUCCUGUCGAGCAAAUGUGUCUGUACAUCACCAACUGACAAGUGAGGGUCGGCCUGGCAUCAGUCGGCAGCAUUGGCAGAUGAACCGGGUGUCCACUUGUCUUCCCCGCGAUGUGAAUGUCCAGAAUCAUGGCCACGCCCACAUCCAGAGUAGGCUGCGCAGAUGAGGACAGUCGUGAGCCUAAUGUCCCUACGUCCUUAGCCUCUCCCACACUGGCGGUCCGGAGUCACAUGUUUGGCCCAGCAAUGAGAGACACAUCGUGCACCCUGAACCUCCUCCAGUAGUGGAGGUCGUGACAUGGGUAGAGGACUGGGAAUGGCGGUAUUUUCAGGCGCAGGAUUGGUCUUCAGGGCGGGCGGUCCUUGGGCGGGCGGCAGCGUGGAACCCACUGGUCGUCCAAGGCCCCUGAAAGUCCGGGCGUGGACAACCUCGGAUACAGGUCAAAUGUCAGUGGUGCGGCAUAUGGUGGAGAAAAAGGAAACAAAAAAGGGUUAGUGAGAGAUAAAGACAGCAAAGCUUUUUCUUCCUGACUUGCAAGUGUGGUGUCUGUGUCUUUCUCAUUUUUCUAUGUCCCUGCAGCUUGUUCACUUUGUUUCUUACCUUCCUUUUCCCAUGUUUUCAAACAUUUUUAAUGGAUUUCCCCUUCUUCAAUUUAUCUUUUUCUUUCUGUAAACUUUCACACAAAGCCAAAUGUCUUUUGUGUAUUUUAUUAUCAAAGCUUCGAGUCACCACUGGACAGAGGGCAGUCUCUCCAAAAGCGCCAUCUGUCCAGAAGUGCGAGGAACAAGGACACCAACAGGCAUAUAUUAGUGUAGGAAGAUACAGGAGUGAGGAACAUUUUAUUUUUUUCUUCUGUAAGGAGUAAAUACUCCUGUUAUUCAAAGCAAGACAGCUAUGAUCUGAAGCUACCUAGAUGAAAGAAGCAGUGAGAGAUGAGAUGUCAGAGAGUCGCCAGACCCACGUGACGCUACACGAUAUUGAUCCCCAGGCUUUGGAGCAGCUCGUCCAGUACGCCUACACAGCAGAGAUUGUGGUCGGGGAGGGUAACGUUCAGACGUUGCUUCCGGCGGCAAGCCUGCUGCAGCUCAAUGGGGUGCGAGAUGCCUGCUGCAAGUUUCUCCUCAGCCAGCUGGACCCCUCCAACUGCCUGGGCAUCCGAGGCUUUGCCGACACGCACUCGUGCAGCGAUCUUCUCAAGUCGGCACACAAGUACGUCCUGCAGCACUUUGUGGAGGUCUCCAAGACGGAGGAGUUCAUGCUACUGCCGCUGAAACAGGUUCUGGAUCUGAUCUCCAGUGACAACUUGAACGUUCCAUCUGAAGAGGAAGUGUACCGGGCCGUGCUAAGCUGGGUUAAACAUGACAUAGAUGGGCGCCGGCCACAUGUACCAUGGUUGAUGAAGUGCGUGCGGCUGCCGCUGCUGAGGCGAGACUUCCUCAUGAGUAACGUGGAUACGGAGCUGCUGGUGCGUCAUCACUCCGAGUGCAAGGACCUGCUGAUCGAAGCACUCAAGUAUCACCUGAUGCCCGAGCAGCGAGGCGUGCUCAGUAACAGCAGGACACGGCCACGGCGCUGUGAGGGUGCCAGCCCCGUACUCUUCGCUGUCGGUGGUGGCAGCCUUUUUGCCAUUCAUGGAGACUGUGAGGCAUAUGACACCAGGACGGAUCGCUGGCAUAUGGUGGCCUCCAUGUCCACUCGGCGGGCCCGGGUUGGUGUGGCAGCCAUUGGGAACAGACUUUAUGCUGUCGGAGGGUAUGAUGGUACCUCAGACCUGGCAACUGUGGAGUCAUAUGACCCCAUCACUAACUCCUGGCAACUGGAGGUUUCCAUGGGAACACGGAGGAGCUGUUUGGGCGUGGCGGUGUUGCAUGGACUGCUGUAUGCUGCUGGGGGAUAUGAUGGCGCUUCCUGCCUCAAUAGUGCAGAGCGUUUUGACCCUCUGACCAGCACGUGGACAUCUAUUGCUGCCAUGAGCACCCGCAGGAGAUAUGUUCGGGUUGCAACUCUAGAUGGCAACCUGUAUGCAGUGGGCGGUUACGACAGCUCCUCACAUCUUGCAACGGUGGAGAAAUACGAUCCUCAGAGCAACACGUGGACACCUAUUGCCAACAUGCUGAGUCGACGUAGCAGUGCUGGAGUAGCUGUACUGGACGGCAUGCUGUAUGUGGCGGGAGGGAAUGACGGCACCAGCUGCCUUAACUCCGUGGAAAGGUUCAACCCCAAGACCAACACUUGGGAAGGAGUGGCUGCCAUGAACAUACGCAGGAGUACACACGACUUGGUGGCUAUGGAUGGCUGGUUGUACGCCGUGGGAGGUAACGACGGCAGCUCCAGCCUCAACUCCAUCGAGAAGUACAGCCCCCGCAGCAACAAGUGGGUAGCAGCCUCCUGCAUGUUCACCCGGCGCAGCAGCGUGGGGGUGGCCGUGUUGGAGCUCCUCAAUUUCCCGCCACCAUCCUCUCCUACCCUGUCGGUGUCCUCCACUAGCCUUUGACACGGGGUCAUCGCUUGGCUGACCUCAGCCUCUACUACUACGGCCCAGACCGGCUCUGGGAAGAGACGUAACUGCUCGGUUUGAGGAGAUGGAGGAGGAAGAGUAGAGGUGUGAAUGAGGCUCCUAGCUUGGACGAACAUACAUUUCCUAACAUCAGAAUAACACUUUAAAAGAAGGUUGGACAACAAAAAUUGUACCUGCUUAUCCUGUUGAAGGUCAAAUGUGAGCUGGAGCUUACCCCAACUGAUUUAGGGCAAGUGAUGGUGUGCAACCUGGACUGGUCACCACUCAAUCAGAGAACACACACAGACAAACAACCACACUCAUAUUCACACAAUUUAGAGGCUUAAACCCUUGAGGCUCCUUAAAUAUGAAGUUACACUUCAUAAGCUUCGGUGCCAAAACAGUCCCUCUCAUAAUAAAAAUAAAACAAAACAAAAUAAAAAUGUAAUAUAUGAGUUAUUUAUUUUUAUUCUUACCACAUGAAAUUGUGUCACAAUUUCAGACCCAUCCAGAGAUAUGUUGAAUUUUUUUUAUUUAUUAUUUUGUAUUGUAUUUGUAAAAUGUGUUUUAUUUUCUUAAGCACCCCUGAUUUUUUUUUCAAUAGGAAAACCUAAAAUAUGCAAUAUUUUCCAAAAACAAGCAAGUCGGAAUAUUUGGGAUAAAGUCAAUACACCCUUGUUAAUAUCAAUAGUUAUGCGAGUUCAUUAUUACAAUUAUUUUUAAAAUGUGCUUUGGAUUUGACAAAAAUUUGUCCAGAAGGUAAAUAUAUAUACAGUAUAUACAAAUAGUAUAUAUUCUAUAUAUAUUUGUAUAUAUAGUACGUAUUCUGUACACUUAUAUAAUUUUAAAGGUCAAAUGAGCAGAAUGUACACAUUUGGUGCCCCAAGGUAUCUCGGUGUUAACCCUAACAUGCAUGUUUUUGGACUGUGCAUGCAAACAUGAGGACCUUGACAGAACCCAUGCAAGCACACAAUAGACAGAAAAAAGGUACAUUUGAAAUGUUUUCACUGUCUGUUCAACUGUCCAGUUGCCCCAUUCACAUGCAAGCCUUCUCAAGAGUACAAACAUAUUCUGACCAACCUCACUUCAUUUCCCAUCACUGUCAAACCACGGUGGACCCUUCUAUCGUGCACACCUUACUUUGGUUUCAUGUUCUGGUGUCUGCAGUCUCACAAGAGACUUUUAAUGAAACAUGCAUUUAGAAUGUAGCGCUUUGGAUGGUUGAUUAUCACAGUGCAUGUUUACUCCAUGGCAUUGACUCCCAAACAGGAGGUUAAAAUGUGGUAGUGCUGCUAAUGCCACACUAGGUGGCAGUAAUAAUGCAAAUGUUAUUAAACCCCUCUCCCACGGCAUGGACACUGACACGAGAGCAGCCCAGCCAGGACGUCAUGGUUUUUCUGUGUUUUUUUUUUUUUUUUUACGUUAAACAAGGGAGACUCAUGGAGAAUUUUAAUGUGUAUAUAUAAAGAUGUGUAAAUGCUAAUAUAUUUAAUUUGAAAAAGUUCAGAGAAAGACGCCUAUUUAAGAGUGUUGUAAUAUAUUUAUGUGUGACAUAUGCAUAUUGUCAUUGGACAUUUUGCGAAGAGACUUUGUGCAAGACAGGUAGUAUGUUUGUGUUUGGAGGUUAUCUUAGAUCGGUAUUAUUUAUGUGUCAUUUGCUUCUAUUAGGGAUGGGUAUUUGGAAAAUUAGCAAGGAUUUAAUUGAUUAAUUGUCUCAGAAUUGUCUGAACUCCUGUUUCCAUGCCAGCAUUUGAGCUCAAUUUCCGAAAGUUUUAGUUGAUUACUAUGCCUGUCCCUGGAGUCCUAUGUUUGACCAUAUGUAUGGUUAUUAUGUGACACGCCAUACUUCAUGUCUUGUUUUUAAUGCCACUUUAUGUUGUUCACACAAGGACACAAAUGACCUCUGCAUACAAUAUAAGGAAAACAGCAUGCAAAAAUGAACGGCAGCAUUCCUACUGAGAUAUCUUCAUUCUAUUUUACAUUCCUUUAAGCUGACUCCUUUUUAAUAGUGCAAAAUAUGUCUGCUUUAACCCUAACAUUUCAUAUUUCUCUUGAACGCACAUCAUCUAGAAGGUAGUUGAAAAGUCAGUAAAAAGGGCCUCACAUGGACAACUACAAACUACCACGAGACAUGGCCUGUUUUGUUGAUUUCACCUCCUACCUUCCUACCUAGUGGACCCAGUGGGAUAAACCUAGUCAAGUCUUAUGGAGAUGCUGUUAGUCUUUAAAUCCAUCAGAGAUGGACAAAGAGCCACAAGGUGUAAAUACAGCUAAAUCAAUCCGUGUUGUGCAAUGUCAACAGUGACUGUAGCUCCUUUUUAGUUUGUGCCUCAUUAUGUAUUGAAUGUUUAUGUUCAAACUUUAAAAUACGAAUUUUGCACAAUUGUGGAUGGAGCAAUAAACUUGAAAAAAAAUGAAAUAAAGUUGUUCCAAAUGUGAUACACAAACACACACUUGAUUCUGGUG